AUGAUUCUAGAAAGAAGUCAAAUGUUAUCAGAAGCUCCUUCGAUCUUGUGCCGUCAACCAAUCCAGCGUAACGUGACAAUACGUUACUCCGUGACAGAGCAAGUCAUGCAAUCACUGCAAGACAUYGGCAGGAUUGUGAAGAACGUGACGGACCCUGCUCGAUCUACAAUUGAAUCAGUCAAGAAAGGUCCUCGUGGUUUUAUAAACGAGUGCAAGAUAAUCACCAGGAAUACAGAAGGAGAAGUGUGUCCCACAAGAAUCGAGUCUAUUAAUGUUAGAAUCAAAGAUGUGGAGGGCAACGAGGUGGAAAAGAAAGUGGCUGAAGACAAAACUGGAAAAUACCGUGUGAGUUAUAAAGCAGAGAAAGCGGGAAGGUACGAAAUUCAGGUGAAUAUUGGAGGAGAAAGGAUCAAGAACUCGCCCCAGAAUGUAGAGAUACUUGAGGUGAAGGAGUUGUUCAAACCUGUGAAAACCUUUGGAGAAGAGGGAAGUGGUAGAGGACAGUUGAAUAGUCCACAUUCGAUAGCAGUCAGUGAUAAUGGAGAGAUAGCCAUUGCUGAAUGGGGUAACCACCGUAUUCAAAUAUUCAGUCUUGAUGGAAACUAUUUAAGAGAGUUUGGCAKMMAAGRAAMAGGAGAAGGUCAACUGUAUUGUCCAUUUGGAGUGGUGUUUAAUGAAGACAGAAUAACUGUCAGUGAUCGUCCAGAUGGUAAAGGCAGGAUACAAGAGUUUGACUUGAACGGUACUUAUGUAAGAACCAUCUACAGACCUGACCAAUGGUUUGUACCGCGUGGAAUGUGUGUUAACGAUGAUAAAAACAUCGCAGUGUGCUGUUGGGGAAAACAAGAACUGGGUAUCAAACCAUGUGUCAAGGUGUUCAGUAAACAAGGAGAUUUAGUUCAUGAGUUUGAUAUGCCUGAUAAUAAUGAACAGCCUUCCUACAUCACCUUUGGAAACGGCAAAUACUUUGUAUCUUAUUAUGACAUAAACUAUGUUCGUGUUUUUGAUGUGAAUGGAGUUUUCUCGUACAAGUUUGGAGAAAAGGGAGAAAGAGACGGUCAGUUUAAUGGUGUAUGUGGACUGGCUGUUUAUGGUCCAGACAUGAUUCUUGUCUGUGAUAGUUAUAAUCACCGCGUUCAACUUUUCACACAAGAAGGUCAGUUUAUAAGGUCAUUUGGAAGCCGUAGUUCAGGUGUUGGUCAGAUAAAUGGUCCUAUCGAUGUAGUAGUUACAGCUGAUGGUCGAGUGUUUGUGCUAGAAUAUCUGGGUCAUAGGGUUUCUGUUUGGUGUUAA